GCAGGUUCCUGUAAGUCUUUGGUAAUGGGGAAAGACCUGAUGAGAUUGUGUAUCUUUACCCUGAUCUGCUGGAGGAAGGGAACUCCUCAUAUCACAACACACCAGACUGAACUUAACAUCUUGAUUUCAAGCUAAGGUGUCCGAACAAACCAAUGAAAAAGGCAGGGCAGGGAAAAGAUCAAAAGGAAAGAGGAGAGAGAGAUAGAUGCCGGCAUUAAACAUCUAAAAUGGAGGAGAAUGAAAAAACUGUUGAUUGGAAAGCUUGAUGUUGUAAGCGUUAGUUUUCAUCCACAGCACAGGGGAGACGUUUGACGUCAUCAGAGCCAUGCGCAACUCAACGCUGUUGACCAUCCUGACGGCUGUGUUGCUGUAUUUGGUGCUGGGAGCUCUGGUUUUCGGAUGGCUGGAGUCCUCGAGAGAGGAAUGGGCCCAGCGGGAGCUACUGAACUCUAGAAUGGCUUUUCUACAGAACCACAGCUGUGUCAGUACUGAUAGUCUGACUGAGUUUACUAAGAAAGUGGUUGAUGCCAUUGAAGCGGGCGUGGAUGCCAGAAUCACGUCAAACUUUAGCAGCAGAUGGGUUUUUUCGAAUGCGUUCUUCUUCUGUGGUACCAUCAUCACAACUAUUGGCUUUGGAAACAUCUCUCCUAAGACUGAAGGUGGUCAGCUGUUUUGUAUAUUUUAUGCUCUGGUGGGGAUCCCCAUGUUUGGCAUUCUGUUAGCAGGGGUUGGAGACCACAUGGGUACCCUGCUGCGAAAGGCCGUGGCAAAGAUAGAGACUUUGUUCUUGCGCAAGGGUGUGAAGCCCACCAGUGUCCGCAUAAUCUCUGCCGUCUUCUCCAUCCUGAUGGGCUGUUUGAUCUUUAUCGCCGUGCCGACAAUGGUGUUUCAGGAAGUGGAGAGCUGGAGUCUGUUGGAAGCUGGGUACUUUGUGGUGAUCACGCUGACAACAGUGGGCUUCGGGGACUAUGUGGCAGAGAACAGGGGAGAUGGCGCACCCCUGUAUAAGCCGUUGGUGUGGUUGUGGAUAGUAUUUGGUAUGGCCUACUUUGCAUCCAUCCUCACUAUGAUUGGAAACUGGCUGCGAGUGUUGUCCAAGAAAACUCGUGCAGAGAUGGAAGAGCUGAGAGCUCAUGCCACAGACUGGUCUCAGAACAUCCAGAACAUGUCCAUGGACUUCCGUAUUCCCGUCCCACUCGAUCUCAACGACCCCUUUCAGCGCAGACGCAGAAGAAAGCGGCAUCGUCGCCAUCGGCACCCGAGGGUGAGCGUGACAGGAUCGGCGCAUAGGAUCUCAGACGCGAUUCGAGAAAACGGCCAUUUGCUGGUUGUUUGGCCUGAAUCGAGGUAUAUUUCAGCAUCUGAUAUCAGGUCCGACGCAAUGUACCAUUCCAGGUCGUGGUCUAGAUUAGAUGGAAGGUACGAGAUAAGACCAGGAUUGAGGUUGGCGGAGGGAGCCGGGUCCAGAUCCAUCUCGCGGUUAGAACUGAAAACACAGUCAAGACGCGGAUCCAGAGCCCACUCCGGGUAUCCUUCAGUAUCCGAAUCGGCAUCAGGAUCGGUCUCUGGAUCCGUGACACCGUCAGAAUCCUGGUCGGAAUCCGAGUCAAAUUCCCCAAACUCAAAGGAGCCAGAAUGCGGAGACGAGGGCUCUCGGAAGUCACUGGGAAGUGAGAAUGACGUUCCUGUUCUCGUGGUGAGCGCCUGUUCACCUCCCGAACCUACUCUGUUGGAUUUCUUUGGCGAGAACCUGGCAUACAUUGACGAGUCGUCAGAUACUCUUAGUGACCGUGUCAAACCGACUGGGUCGAAACAUCCUCGCAAACCUAAGAGGAGAAGCAUGAGGAGACAAAUUCCCCACUCGCAUCCCGCUGGUUUACGGAAAAAUAUCAGUAAAGAACCACAACCCUCUUCACAAUCGCCGACGCCUCCGCCUCAAACCCCACCCGAGAAAUGAGAAAAAUCCCUAAGCCAAGCUUUCUUUUUUUGUAAUUAUGAGAAGCCAACUAGCAAAAUCAUUCUCAUCUUUAAUCGACUACAGUCAAUUAUCCAAGUUGGCAUCUCAUAAUUAAUGUUCAGGGCUCCAGAUUGCCACCAAAAUUUGAGAGUGUGUCACUCAAUUUUACAUCCAGUCGCACAUGUGCGACCAGUAAAUUUGACCUUUUUUUCUGAUGUGACAGUGAAUUUGAAACAGCACAUUGUACUUACUGCAUCUAUCAUCAAAGUAUGUAUUGUUAAAACAGUGGAAAUUUGUAGAAAUGUGAUUAUUUGGUUAGCAUGUUGAUUUACGGUGUGUGCCCCUAAAUUUUUUGGUUGCGCCCCUAAAAUUUUCAGUUGGGGGCCACUGUGAUCCUAGUGAAAAAAGUUAGUCUGGAGCCCUGAUGUUUGAGGCUAUUUACAAAAGUUCAUCAUAGUUUGAAGAGGCCAAACGAAGACUAAAAAAACAAACCAUUUGAAAACUGUAAUUGUGUACCGUCAUAGUGCAUUAGACAAGACAAACAUACAGAGAGCUGAAGAGCUUGCCAGAGUGGACUGCAAAUCACAUCUUCAGCUGAUUCACUUCAGUUUUUUUAGUAUUGUGCCUUUGACUCUCAAAGUGUUUUUUAAAGUGAUGUCUUGCUAUUUAUAUUUCCUUUUAUAUGUGUAUUACUUAUAUAUGAUGCAUUAUUAUAUGCUUAUACCAUGGGCCUGUUGAAUGUUCCAUGGGUGUUGAUUAUUUUUCUGUAAACCGCACACCUAAGCAGUGGCAGCUCGUGACUGUUCAUCUUAGGGGCGCUAAUUCAAAAUAUGUGUUCUGCGCUUGAGAGAUCCUGUGUGUAUCACGUGUUUUGUCAAAAUAAGUGCCUGCUGCACACGCGUCAAAACGAUAUGAUAUGAUAAAAGAGUUAUGAUAAAAGAGACGCUCAUGUUAUGACACUCCCUUAACAGUAAACUCUGAUUACGCAUGAAAUUAUGCGAGUAUCUGGCAAACGCGAGCGUCUCUUUAAUCAUAAACCCUUUAGACGUGUCUGCAGCAGGCACUUACUUUGACAAAACACGUGAUGCACACAGGAUCACUCGAGGCGCAGAACGCAUAUUUUGAAAAAAGGAACCGCACACAUGACAGGCUACAUACAUGUUGUGACGAACUUCACAUCAAGCGCCCUCGAAAAAAGAAGUCACCGGCCGCCACUGCACCUAACCUGUCAAAUGUCUUAAAAAUGGGCACCAGAGCAAUUUUUGUAUUAAUCGUGGUAUAAGCGUAAUAAUUGACUCCGGUCCUUUGAAUUAUUUGAAAAUAAUACACACCCGCGGUGUAACGGCACGACGCGAUUACCACCUUGGGUGUGCGUUUUUUUCUUAUAAUUCAACGACCCGUCGUCAAUUAUUCCUUACAUAGGUUAUAUAGUAUGCAUUAUUAUUAAUAUGCAUUAUUCCCACAAUUUAAAGGGUUAGCUCAUCUUACAAUUAAAGUUGUCGUUGUUUACUCAGACGUAUGUUAUAGGGUGUCACGAUUCUCCAAAUCCUCGAUUCGAUUACAUUUUUGGUUUUAAGUUCACAAUUCAAUUAGAUUCUCUUUAUUUUUAUGUGUUUUUUUUAAAGUACAAAAAAAUGCUAUGCCGUUUUUAGACUAGACUUUUAUGAAAUAUUAUAUCUGACCUUGAUCUGGAGAUGCCCUGCCAUGUUAGUCGUGCUGCCAGUGGAAAAAUAUGGUACACGCACAUACCAGAUAAAACCAAACUUAAUAUGUCAGAUGAACAUCUGUCAGUACUUUGCACCUUAAAAACGCGCUUUUAUUACCGUCAGACGAGAUUGUGAGACUAUACCCCAAUAAGUCAUGUUUAAAUGCUGUUUUCAUAACUCUUAAGCAACUGAAAUAAGUUGUUGUGAAACUUAAACAGAUCUCAGUUCAGAGAAAGACCGGUCCUGGCACAGACGUCGUUCUGCUGACGCGUGGGAGGCGCUUGCUAUUUUUGUUUCGCAUGUAUAGAGCAGCUUGCGUGGUGUCUCCCGCAUCUGCCGUGCUAUCUUUUGACUGGCUGUAGCUAGCUAGGUUAGAGGAGGUUGACUCGGCGCAAUCAACACGUUUUUUUUCCCCCGCUUGGUAAGCCGACCGGACGUGACAUGGGGGCGUGGAAGCAUCGAUGAUUCCAUUUUUUUAUUCCAGGUUUUUCCAAAAUAAAAGUUCCAGGUUGUGACCUAAUUUCGAUUGAUUUGGAUUUGAAAUCGUGACACCCUUAGUAUGUUAUUCCAUGCCUGUAUGAUUUUCAUUAAACACAAAAUUAAAUAAUCAUAAAUCAUUUUCAAUACAAAGUACAGUAUUAUUUUUACUCCAUUUUUUAUCAGUAUAAAUAAUCUUUCAAUUGAUGUAUUUUUUUUAGGAUAGGACAAGAAUAUUUUUAAAUCUGCAAUCUAAGGGUGCAAAAAAUCUAAAUAUUGAAAAAAAUCGCCUCUAAAGUUUUCCAAAUGAAGUCUUUAGCAACACACAUUACUAAUGAUAAAUACA